AAAGAUGCUUGCUUGAAAAUUUAAAAUCAAUGGCGAAAAUGAACUGUAAGAGAUUAUCAGAGCUGUCAGUAAUCAGGAACCAAGAAUCGAGAAUCAAGAAUCAAGAAUAAGAAAUAGCAAAGGAUGGACAAUAAACUUGAAGUUGACAGAUAUUAGUGGGCGAGAAGAGUAGGUUUGAGCAAUGAGAUGGUGAUCGCUCGGAUUUUUCCUGAUGUUGUUCCUCUGCAAAAAAUGCUGUUGAAACUGUUGAAACUGCUGGAAUUGCUGAAGCUGCUGUUUUCCAGGAAAGGCUCUUCUAUAGAACAAGAAGAAGGAAAAGAAGAAGCGAUGUUUGCCACUGGCGGAAAAUCCUCGAUCUUCCUCACGCCUCCGCUGCUGUUUUUUCUGUCCAAUCCGUCUCUCGCGCUGCUGCCGCCGCUGCGCGCUCGACCGCCGCCCUCGGAACAAUCAUUUGGUCUCGCCCAGCGCAAUAGCGCCCUCGGAUUCCUUAUUUAGGAAACCCCGAUGGGCAGCGCGGACCCCCUCGGCAG